AUGUUUCAGCUGCGCCAGUCUCUAUCUCAGUUGGAAACCAAAUACGAGCAGAUGAACGAACAAGAUGCAAAACGUCUGGAUCCGGAAGGGGAGCGAGCGCAGCUGGUGGCCAAUGUCAAGAGUGACAAUGCCGAGGUGGCCGCUAUGGAGCUACAGAUCAAAGAUAUCUUGGCCGAAACAGAGAGACUGCGAAAUGAACUGCAAGAAGUCGACAACACGUACGAAGAGAGUCAGAGCGAAAGAGGACAAAAAUAUCGAGACUUGCGAAAACGAGAGCAAGUCAUGGACGAAUUCUUGUCUUCAUGGGAAGACAAUUGUAUCAGUGAAGUGGAUCGUCUCAAAGAACUGGAGACUCAAAUCACACACACUUUGAACAAGAUUGGCAAACAGCAAUCUCUAAUGCAGCUCGUGCCCAGCAUAUCAGAAUAUUCAACUGCCAAGGAAGAUUACCUGGUCAAAGAAGGGGAGCUAGAGAAAUCACGUGCAACUGUUGAAGGCAUUGCCGUCGAGUACCAGCGGUUGCAAAACAACUUGCAGAAAAUGGAAGACCUAGAAAGCAAAGUUCAAAAUGAAUUGAAGACGCUGAAAGAACAGUUGGCCACAAUCGAGAUGAAUUCCGUUAAAUUCACUGGUGUAGACGACUUGCGGUUCGAAGCGGAAGAAAGAAGAAAUCGGCUCCUAUUGGAACAGGAGGAUUUAGCUGAUAAAAAGAACGAAAUUCAAGCUCGUGUUAGUCGAUUGCAAGCACAAUGCGAAAAUUUACAGGCGGAGCUGGACAAAAACGAGACCCAUGUAGCUCUUCAUGUAUUUGACGAAAAACUUCGUCUACUUGAAGAAGAAAACGAGUCCAUUUCAAAGUACAUAACUGAAAACGAAAACCUUUACAACGUAACAGCACGUCGCGAAACUACGAUGGAUAUAGUGAAAACGUACCUAGAAGGUUUGCAAUUAUUUUAUACCUCCACAAAUUAA